AGUUACCCCAUUAGCCAUGCAGCGCGACGAUGGUUUUGUCUAUUGCUAUGGCAAUUUGUACAGCCUGCUGUUCUACUGGGGAUUGGUCUCGAUCCGGGUGCGGAGUCCAGGUCAAGGAGGAGCCGUCUCGAGCAGGUGGACGGUGCUCUAUGCCCUGUCGGCGCGCUUCUUGCUGGUCAAUUGCUUCAUGGCCAGUGUGAUGGUGAAACUCAGGGAUUCCGAGAUGUCGGCGGCCAUGUUUGGACACCUCAGCCCGCUGGUCAAGGCGAUUUUCACCUGGGAGUGCCUCAGCUGCUCCAUCACCUACGUGGAGUACUGCCUGUCGCUGGAUUCGCACCGGAGUAGGCACCUCAAACUCCUGGCCAGCAUGCAGGAGUUUGAUCGCUCUGUUUUGGAGGUGUUUCCCCAUGUCAAGUGGAACUACCUGCGCUCCCGGUUGAAAUAUUGGUAUGGCACUGUGAUCGUCGGCUCCUGUUACUUCUCCUUCUCCAUCUCGCUGAUCUUCGAUACGGCGCGUUGCUCCUGCGGCAUUCCUUCCACCUUGGUGAUGGCUCUUACCUACACCCUGCUGACCAGUUCAGUGGGUCUGGUGGGCUUUGUUCACAUCGGAAUCAUGGACUUUCUGCGGGUGCGCCUGCGACUGGUGCAGCAGCUGCUCCAGCAACUCUAUCAAGAUGAGGGAAAUCGAGAGGUUCACGAGAAGAUUGCCUUCCUAUUUGACAUGUCCAAGCGCUGCUCCUUUCUGCUGGGCGAGCUGAAUGGCGUCUUUGGAUUCGCCGCCGCCGCUGGCAUCUUCUACGACUUCACCAUCAUGACCUGCUUCGUGUACGUGAUCUGCCAAAAGCUCCUGGACCGAAUGCCCUGGGAUUUGGAGUACGCCUUCAUGCUGCUCCACGUGACGAUACACACCUACAAAGUGGUCAUCACCAGCACCUAUGGUUAUUUGCUCCAGCGAGAGAAGCGGAACUGCAUGCACAUGCUGAGCACCUACUCGAGUCACUUUCCUGGCCAGGAUGUGGCCCGCCGGCAGACGGAGGACUUUCAGCACUGGCGCAUGCACAAUCGCCAGGCGGCUCUGGUGGGCAGCACAACAGUACUCAAUGUUUCUACCAUUUAUUUGGUGUACAACGGCAUGGCCAACUAUGUGAUUAUCCUGGUGCAGCUGCUAUUCCAGCAACAGCAGAUCAAGGAUCGCCAGCUGACAUCGGGAAAGGAUGUCGAUAUUGUGGGGCCAAUGGGUCCCUUAACUCACAUGGAUUAAUCUAAAUUAUAAGUAUAUUGUAUUGUCUUUAUUGUCCAUUAAUCAAAAUGUUUAUAACAAAUUCUUA